GUUUUGUUUGGAAUCCGUUUGGUUAAAGAUUAAACAAAAUUACCAAACAUAACUGUCUAAUGCAGUCAAUAAGACUAAAAAGUAAAACCCCUAACGUUGGCCACAAGUUUUUCCGAAUCUUUCUCUCAGCUUUACAUUUUCUCCAAAAUUUUCGGGAAAUCAAAUCUAAUCCUCAAAACUCAACCAAAAAGCCAACGAACAAACGCGCGUUAUACUCUUUUCCAGAAAUGGGGAAGAGACCGCCGUUACCACCAGACAUAGAAAACGGAACACCACCAUUGCCACCAUUACCACCACCAGCUCGACCGCAGUUUCGUCCCCCUGUUCCCGUGCCAUGGUACGCAUGGCUCGUGCCUCUCAUCUUCGCAGCCAACUUCAUCACAUUCGCCACCACAAUGUAUCUGAACGAUUGCCCCUCGAGAUCAGAUAACUGUCUCUUGUUUGAUGUCCUUGGAAGGCUUUCGUUUCAGCCUAUAAAGGAGAAUAUGCUUCUUGGUCCUUCUAUUCCCACGCUGAGAAGACUUGGAGCUCUAGAAAGGAGACUUGUGGAGGAAGGUGAGAAAUGGCGUCUCAUCUCUUGCAUAUGGCUUCACGGUGGGCUCCUUCACCUGCUGGCCAACAUGAUCAGCCUCCUAUGUAUUGGAAUGCGUCUUGAACAAGAAUUCGGGUUUUUGAGAAUAGGAGCUUUGUAUGUGAUUUCCGGCCUUGGUGGAAGCAUUAUGUCUUGUUUGACAGAUUCAAGAGGAGAACGUGUGUCAGUAGGAGCAUCAGGCGCCUUGUUCGGGUUACUCGGUGCAAUGCUCUCAGAGCUGAUCACAAACUGGACAAUCUAUGAAAAUAAGUGUACAUCACUUAUGACACUGAUCCUGAUCAUUGCACUGAACCUAAGCGUUGGAUUCUUACCGCGUGUAGACAAUUCUGCUCAUUGUGGAGGAUUCUUAGCCGGUUUUUUCCUAGGGUUUGUCCUUCUUCUCCGUCCGCAGUACGGAUACGUGAACCCCAAGUAUAUUCCACCUGGUUAUGACGUGAAACAGAAGAAAAGACACAAGUGUUAUCAACACGUCUUCAGGAUUACAUCGCUAGCCAUUCUUCUUGCGGGAUUCAUUGCGGGAUAUACUAAGCUUCUAAGAGAACAUACCGUAGAGAGCGUGCCGUUCAGAGAUGUCAAUUAGCAUCUGUAAAAGUUCAUUUCACAGGAUCCCAAGAUAUUUCCAUAUUUGAUACAAACACCAUCACCAGAAAAGGUUUUUCAUUUGAUGAUUCGAGAAGUAAUUACAUAUGUAUCGGUUGUUCAAGGGUGUUGUAACUAUACAUGUGUAUGAAAAAGCAUAUAUUAACC